AUGGGCUUUCUCGAGGUUGGUCGACCCAUUCCUUGGGAAGCGUUAUCGUUAGAUGUGAUGAAGAAAGUGAAGCGCGACGGUUUGUUGCAGCUACUGCACGUGUGGUUGUUGAACCGCACUCGGGAAGACACGAAUUUGUACUGGGGUGAUGAGCAGGAGAUGACGAUGGUGUACUUGGACGCGGAGCGGCGCGAGGCGAAGUUGAUUGUGGAGGCGCCGGAGGUCUUGACCGAGUUGCGGAGGCGCGAAGCGACGGGCGAGUGGGACCGAUCGUUGAUGUGUUGCAAGCAGUUGUUCUUGGUUCGCGAGAAAAAGACGUUUUUACGGUCGGCGGAGUGGCACCCGGAGUUUGGUAACCACAUGAUAGAGGCCACGCCUUCGCCCCCUUACGCGCUCAGCGUUGAAGGUGUGACUGACGUGGAAGAAAGCAUGAUGAGUCGAAGGCUCAAAAUCCAGUCUGUCCUGCAGUCCCUCUAUGGAAACAAAGCCUUCGUUAUGUCCAUGCCUGCUUUCCCCCUUCUCGGAGUCACCUCCUCCCACCUCGAUGUCACCUCCCCAGUCGAGGCAGUAGACCUUACACACCUCGGCGGCUCCGAUGCACUCAGAAUUGCCGACUACAUAUGGAACCCAGGCAACAGACACAACCUGGCCGACUUCCUUGAAGGCUCCGUCGGCAUCCCCAAGUGCCUACCGAACCCGCAUCCAAGAUUCCCUACACUGGUACACAACGUCAACACCCGCAGAGGCACUAAGGUCUCCUCGCUCAUCAAAGCCUUCGAGGACGCCUACACAUUUGAGACCCCGCGCUGUACCUCUGGCAGCUGCUCCACCGCCUGCUCGCUUGGUUCCGGCAAGCUUGGCUCCAGCUCUUUCGGUUCGGAGAAUUCGCCGGAGUUCAAUACUCCUGUUCGCAGUUGCUCUAAGGUCGUCAGUAGUGAAGCCUCAACGCCGGCUACUGGCACAAGCACUGUCCGGACGAGUAGGAAGGAACGGGUGGAAGGGAGUGUGUGGGAGCUGUCUAAGGAUCUUGAAGAGUUUGGCAGUCGCGCGGACAUCUCGGAUUUGUCAAGACACACGCGUUUGCCGGUGAAGGGAUUCAUCUACCAGGACUGUUUCGCCUACGGAAUGUCUCAGUGUUGCCUACAAGCUACCUUCGGGUGUCCGAACGUGAGUAUGGCCAGGCAUUUGUACGAUCAGAUGGUAGUGUUCGCACCAAUUUUUUUGGCAAUUAGUGCAGGCACUCCUGCUUUGUCCGGAUUGGUGAGUGAUUUGGACUGUCGGUGGCGCGUACUGGAGCAGACUUGUGACUGCCGGACGGAUGCGGAGUUGAGCACGUUGAAACAGUCCCGUUACGGAUGCGCCCCCAUGUUUAUCGCGGAUCAUUCCUUCCUGGAUGAGCAUGAUAGUUUAUUUAAUGACCAGCUUCUGGAGCAUAAUGAGGAGGCCUACGACACGUUGAGCCGUUUCAUGGACCAGAGACUGGCGUUGCACUUCGCGACCUUGUGGACUCGAGAUCCGCUUGUUAUAUUUGAAGACAAGAUUGACAUAGAUAACACCACGCGUACAGACCAUUUCGAGAACAUCCAGAGUACCAACUGGAACACCGUCCGUUUCAAGCCGCCUCCUCCGUCUCCCGACGGCAGCACGUUGCCCUACAUCGGCUGGCGGGUGGAGUUGCGAACGCCAGAGAGUCAGUUGACGGACUUCGAGAAUGCGGCCAUUGCUUGUAUCAGUUCGCUAAUUGCGUUGGCGAUCAUUCGAUCGGGUUUGCCUAGGCCGGCCGAUGAGAACUUGAGUGAGGAGAAUGCCGCCGGUGAUUCUUUGCGCGAGGACUCGUGGAUGUUCUACAUGCCUAUAUCGCAAGUUCGAGAGAACAUGAUGACUGCCCACAAGCGUCAUGCAUGCACGUCCGAAAAGUUUUGGUUCCCAUGUCCCGCGGACCCUCUGGUGACUAAGCAGUGGACGCUGAGGACCAUUAUGCUGGACCGCGAAUGCGGAAUCCUCAGCAAGCUGGACCGAUUUGUAUCUAAGGAGUGGCGGGCUCAGCGUUGCUCGAACCAGGCCGUAGACACCUAUCGAUUGUACUCCAAUUUUGUCCGCCAACGGGUCUUGGGCCAAGUGCCGACCAACGCCGUCGACCUACGGGCCAAACUCACAUCCCAUGAAGACUACCAAAGCGACUCCGUCGUCACCCACUCCAUGAAUUACGAUGUGUGCAAACACGCGGUUCUCACCGGCUUCAACGUACAAACAAACGCCCAACAACCGGCACUCGGCCAUAUCUACGCGUCUUCCUCCCGCACCUGCCCCCAGAGCAUCCCCAUAUGCAGCGCGUCGCCGGUCAUAAAGCAACUCGCCACCCUGGGCACGGCCGUGCUGCCAGAGCGGGUCUACUUCUUGGAGGACAAACCAAACACCACCGACACUCAUUUGGAUGCUACCAGCCAACCUGAGGAACCCCUGAUACAAAGCUGCUUAUGA